UAACCGUUUAAGUUAUUAAAGUAAAGAGAACAUGUCACGUUUGGAGUUAUAUUCGCCGGAAGGGCUUAGAAUAGAUGGGAGGAGAUGGAAUGAGUUACGUCGUUUCGAGUGUCGUACUAACACCCACCCAAAUUCAUCGGAUGGAUCAUCGUACGUUGAACAAGGAAAUACCAAGAUAAUAAGUAUGGUCAAAGGACCAAUGGAACCACUUAAUAGAUCACAAAUCAAUACCAAGAAGGCAACCAUUGAAAUAAAUCUACUGAUAUCGAAUUUUUCAACAUUAGAAAGGAAGAAGAAGAUGAAGAAUGAAAAAAGAUUAAUUGAAUUGAAGACCACGCUAGAAAGAACUUUUGAACAAAGUAUAAUGAGUUAUAAUUAUCCAAGAACAAUAAUACAAGUUAAUGUAUUCGUAUUAGCACAAGACGGUGGAUUGUUAGCAGGAAUCACUAAUGCAAUUACCUUGAGUUUAAUUGAUGCUGGUAUUUCAAUGUAUGAUUAUGUCUCAGCAAUAAAUUGUGGAUUAUAUGAUAAAACACCAUUAUUGGAUUUAAGUACAUUAGAAGAAAAUGAUAUAAGUUGUAUUACAAUCGGGGUUAUUGGCAAAAGUGAAAAAUUAGCUCUAUUAUUAUUAGAAGAUAAAAUGCCUUUAGAUUAUUUAGAAUCAGUUUUAGCUAUUGGUAUUGCUGGUAGUCAUCGUAUUAGAGAGUUAAUGGAUAAUGAGGUUAGAAAACAAGGUAAUAUAAGGUCAUCCAAGCUUGUUAAAUAG